AUUUAACUGUCUCUUUUUGUCACCUCGUUAAAUGUAUCUUGCUUUUUCGUCUAUAAUUUGACAUUCGAAACUAUUUUAUAUGAGGUUUUAAAGGGCUUGUCAAUAUUAAGGUUAUAAAUCCCGGAAAAAAUUAAAAAUAUAAAGGAUUAAUUUUAGACCAAGAUGAGAUAAACUUAAUCGUGUAACCGCAUUUCACAAAAAUGGCGUUACUUGGUGCCCAACUGGUUAUUUCAUUAAUAAUGGUAUCAGUGAUACAAAAACUCGGCAAUCACUCGUUUGCACGGUGGCUGUUAUGCUCCCAAGGACUAUAUCGAUAUUUGUAUCCAACAAACAGUGAAUUAAAAUCUUUGGCGGGUGUCCCAAAGGAUAAGCCGAAAGGGAAGAAAAAUUCAAAGAUAGAGUCAAAUGGCAAAGCGGAGACGUUCCACGUGCCUCGAAGCCUUGAAAUACAGCUAGAGACAGCCCCUGUUACCCACUUAGAUGUGGUUCAUUUGAGGUUCUAUACAGAAUACUUAUGGAUUGUGGAUUUUUCCCUGUACACUGCUAUUGUUUACAUUUUGUCUGAGAUAUACACUGCAUACUUCCCAUUAAAAGAUGAGUUCAAUUUAAGUAUGGUUUGGUGCUUACUGGUUGUAUUGUUUUCAUUUAAAAUUCUACUCUCUCUAACUAAACAGUACUUUACAAGUGAUGAGUCGAUGGGUGAACGUUCAACGUGCAUCGUUGCUUUCUGCUUGUUCCUGUUAAUAGCUAUGAUGGUAAUGAUUGUUGAUGAGAAGAACCUGGAGGUUGGUGUGGACCCCGCAUAUGACAGCUUCUAUGAGAACGCUUCAAAGUUCCUGGAGAAUCAGGGGUUAACAUCUGUAGGGCCAGCAUCGAAGGUGAUCAUCAAACUGUCGCUCGCUGUGUGGGCAGCUAUCAUUGGCACACUGUUCACCUUCCCAGGCCUUCGGGUUGCGAGAAUGCAUUGGGAUACAGUGAAGUACUACGGCGAGAGCAAGGUCAAAACUCUACUGCACAACAUUAACUUUGCGAUGCCGUUCGUACUCGCGUUGCUCUGGGUGCAGCCCAUCGCUCGACACUAUUUCGCCGUAAGAGUCUUCAGUGGGAUGACUAAGCCCCUCAUGACGUCCCAGGCGUUCGACACCCUGCGCGUGGCGCUGGUGGUGGGCACCAUCGCGCUGCGCCUGGCGCUCAUGCCACAGCAGCUACAGGCCUACCUGGACAUGGCGCAGCGCCGGUUGGACCUGCAAAAGAAGGAGGCUGGCAGGAUCACCAACAUCGACCUGCAGAAGAAGGUGGCGUCAGUGUUCUACUACUUGUGCGUAGUAGCGCUGCAGUACGUGUGCCCCAUAAUCAUGUGCCUUUAUCUCGCGCUCAUGUACAAGACGCUGGGGGGGUACUCCUGGGCCUCGCUCUUCGCGCAGGGGGUAGAGCCAGCCGGUGAACACGAGAAGCCUACCGUUACGAUGGAAGACAUGGAGCAGUUCCAAAUGGCAUGGGAGAAUUUGAAAAUGGUGUUCACAGAAGACGUGCAUCGCGGGGUGUUCGGUUUCGCGACGUGGUGGUGCUGUUUCUCCUGGUUCCUGACCACCGCCCUCGGGACCACCUACCAAACCUACUUCCGGAUGUCUUAAUCGGCACUAAUGCCCAUCAGAACUUUCCGGUUGACUCCUAGCCUAUAAUAUAUAUGGACAUAUUUUUUUUAAUGGUAAAAAUUAACGGACCAAGCAUAUGGUUCACAUGGUGGUUAGUGGAAAAAUCAUCGCCUAUGAACAUGGCAACGUUUCGCGGGAAACAGCCUACAGCGUACCGCCCUGUGUCCAUCAACUUGGGCGUAGUCGUUAAGUCUCGUGUGUCUGUAAUUACACCGGCACCGGAACCCAGCAUUGCAAUAGUGCUGCUUGGCGGCAAAAAUAAGCAUGGGGUUAGAACUUCCCCGGAAAAUCUCAGCUCUUUUUAUUUUCCAAAAAUAAAUUUAAAAAAACUUAUCUCUGUUUCCUAUUAUCGGUUCCUUUGCGAUAAACUCUAUAUUUUCCUGUUGCCCAGGGCAUAUAGUAAAUUUCAGUCAUUUCUUAUUGACUGUUACAUUCUAUACACAACCUGAGUAGCAAGUUCUAUUUAUAUUGAUGUCAAUUCUAUUGUACACAAAUAUCCAGCUAAAAUACAUUAACAGGUCUAAACGUAAUACUAGUUGUAUCUGUGGAAAAUGCCAGCACAAUUUUAAAAUCUGUCAAUUUAGAGAUUUGCUCACAACAUCAUUGUCAAAAAAUUUGUGCUAGUGCUGUUGCAGAAAAUCCUGAAACUAAUAAUAAUUUAUGACAGAUAAAUUGACAGGUCUAAAAAUUACUCGUUAGGUACGAAUUAUGGAGGGUUUAAUUAUGAAGUAAGGAGAGUCAUCUGUGUAUAUGAAAAAGUGUCGUCAAAAUGUAUUAAAUUAGGAUGGCGCCACAUUUGCAUCAGGGUAACUUUUAAAAG